AUGAGCGUAAUUGAGGUACACCCACGGCAUAACACCGCCCUCGAUGUUGUUAUAGCCGUGGCCGGUAUUAAUCCGUCCAGUGCUUUUGCUGACGUCAAAGACAUGGACAUCAAUGCCUUGCGUGACAUCUUUGAUGUCAACACAUUCGCCUUCGUGAGACUUUUCAAUGCCGUGUACCCGCUGCUCAAAGCAUCAGCCAGCCCUCCAAAAUUGCUAGCCAUCAGCUCCAACGCUAGCCAGAUUGUCGAGAUGGAGCCUACUAUCCCCGUAAAGGUUGGCGUCUAUGGUGCCAGUAAGGCAGCUCUUAACUACCUCGUCCGGCGUGCGCAUUUCGAGAACCCAUGGCUAACUUUCCGUAAUGGUGGUCUGAAAUCUGGUUCAUAUAUAAUAAACUCCGUCUUCGGCCUUGGGGCCGAUCGGGUUCUGGAGUGGGAAGUCGUCACGGCCGGGGGCCAGCACCUCGUUGCCAGCCCGGUUAAGAACAGUGAUCUAUAUUGGGCACUAUCGGACGGUGGUGGAGGCACCUAUGCUGCGAUUAUCUCGAUGACGGUGAGGGCACACCAUCUUACGAAAGUUUCUGUUGCGACUUUGAACUUCACCACUAGUACGAACGUCUCCACGGACCUUUUCAAUAGUGCCGUGCAGACUUUCCUCCUGACGCUACCCAGCUUAGGAGAGGCAGGCACUUGGAGUUCCUGGUUGUUAGCAACCGGUGUAUUCUCACUAAGACCUAUCGCUAGUCCUGACCUUGAUAAAGACCAGCUCCAGGCUCUUCUUAAGCCUACGCUAUCCUUCUUAGAUAAUAAUGGCAUUCCAUAUGACUACCAGAUUCAACAGUAUAGUACUUUCCUGGAAGCAUACACUGGAAUGUUCCCCGUUGAUAACAUUACCGAGUACAACAUCGGUGGGCGAUUGAUCCCGAAAUCACUACUCGAGACCAAUUCUUCGACAGCGUCAUUUUUAGAUGCAAUUAACUUCAUUACCUCCCAAGGCGGAGUCGUGUCCGGAAACUCCUUAGAUGUAUCAGGCUUUCCGAGUACCGGUGUUAAUAAUUCCGUAAAUCCUGUCUGGCGCACUACCAUCUUGAAUAUAGUCUUUGGCCUGCAAGUGCUCCCUGCCUACAACGCCUGCGAUUUUCAGGCUAAUAUUGCGCUGCAAAACGAGAUCACCAACACCCUAAUGCCGCGACUUGAGGCACUGACGCCCAGCAGCAGGGUGUACCUCAACGAAGGAGAUUUCCGCGAUCCUAACUGGAAAACUAACUUUUACGGUGCUAAUUACGCAAGUUCGUUGUCUAUCAAGGACAAGUAUGAUCCUAAUAGUCUAUUCUAUGGGCUUACGGCUGUUGGUAGUGAUAGAUGGACUGUUCAGCCAGACGGAAGGCUUUGCCGGACAUCAUGA